AUGGAAUAUAAUAAUAAUUUAUACUUUAUCAAUACACUUGCAGUAUUCUUCUUAUUUUUAUACACUAUCAGUUGUAAUCAAGAUCAUGGUAAACCAAUAAAUCAUACAAAUAAAUCAUAUCAACAACAUACUACUGGAAAUCAUACUGAUACUGAAGAAGAUCAUGAAACUGAAAUUGUUGUAGUCAAAUGGGAAUUUCAUGAAUUCGAAAUACACAUUGCUGUUAUGGUAUUUUUAUUAAUAAUGAUUCUAAUUAAAAUGGCUUAUCAUCGUGUACCAUUAAUAUCAGCUUAUUUACCAGAAUCAUUUGUUUUAAUUGUUAUCGGUAUUAUAUUUGGUGCUAUUGUCCGCUAUGGUAUUGAAAAAGGUGUUACUAAUGAAACUGUCUGGAAAUUAACACCAGUAUUAUUUUUCACUUAUUUAUUACCACCAAUUGUGUUGGAAUCUGCUUAUAGUUUGUAUAAUAGAACAUUUUCCGAGUAUCUUGGAGUUGUAUUAAUUUUUGCUGUAUUAGGUACAAUAUUCAAUUUUUUAAUUAUUGGAUUUGUUAUGUAUGGAAUUUAUGCAAUCGGUGGAUUUGGACAACCAGAAUUAGAUAUGGAUGUGAAAGCAUUCUUGCUGUUCAGUUCAUUAAUUGUCGCUGUUGAUCCAGUGGCUGUAUUAGCUAUAUUUCAAGAUAUUGGUGUGGAAUUAGGCUUGUAUUAUAUUGUAUUCGGUGAAUCUUUGUUGAAUGAUGCUGUCACUGUUGUAUUAUAUGAUAUUAUGGAUGCAUUUACUGGAAAAGAAUUAGUCACUGGUCGAGAGAUUGGUAUCGGUAUAGCAUCAUUUUUUACUGUCAGUUUUGGUGGUCUAUUAAUUGGUGUAUUCUUCGGUAUAAUCACUUGUUUAAUUACACGAAUCAAAAGUCGAUUGAAUGCUUUCAGUUUAUUAUUGCUGGCAUAUUUCUCUUAUAUAAUGGCUGAUUGUGUUGGUUGGUCUGGUAUUAUUUCAAUGAUUGGAUGUGGUUUGGUACAAGCAGCUUAUGCAUUUCAUAAUUUAGAUAGACAUUCAAUAACAAUGGUAAGAAAUCUGACUAAAGUUGUUUCAGAAAUGAGUGAAUCAGUGAUUUUCUUAUUCUUAGGUAUUGAAGUUGUAUCAAUUAAACUUGUUUGGCAUACAGGUUAUAUAUUAUGGGCAUUGAUAUGGUGUUUAAUAGCUCGGGCUAUUGUUGUCUUUGGUAUUACAGCUGUUGUCAAUUAUACACCAUUUUCUAAUACACAAAUUAGUUUUACACAACAAAUUGUUUUAAUUUAUGGAGGACUAAGAGGUGCUGUUGCCUUUUCUUUAUCUGUAUUAAUUCUACCAAAUAAACUUGGUUCCAAUGGUGUAUACAAUAGAGAAUUGAUUAUCACGACUACAUUAUUCAUUAUAUUAUUUACUGUUGGUUUUAUGGGCAUCACAAUGAAACCAUUAGUGAAAUUGUUACGCAUUCGUAUGGAAGGUAAACAAAUGUUGAGCUUAUUUGAUUCAUUAAAUGAUAGCAUAAUUGAUGAGACAUUAGCUGGUAUUGAAUGUCUUGUCGGAUCGAUUGGACGUAAUGCUAUGCGUGAUUUAAUUCAACGAUUAGAUGAACAAUAUCUACGUCGAUUUCUUCAACGUGAACCUGAUGCAUAUGAUCAGAAAAUGUUAAAAGUUUAUGAAAAAAUCGCAUUAAAAAUGCAUCAUGCUACAAUGCGUCCAAGUAAAACAGAAACUAUAUUGAAAGAUUUACCAGAGACAUUGAAAGCACGAUUUAUCACAUCACAUUUGUCUACUUUAUCUAUACCAGGUUUAAUCAAUGGCAAUCAAUCAUUGUUAAAUUUAUCAAAUAUAACAACAAGAUCAGAAUUAACAAAUAAUUUUUCCAAUGUAAUACAAUCACCAAAAGAUAUUGAAACUGGUUUUAAAAAUAAUAAUAUUACACGUAGACGUUUAUCAACAUUGACUACUGAUACUACUACUACUACUAACACUAUUACUACUAAUACUGCUGAUAUAACACCAGAUGUGAAACAAGCAUUACGUUAUUCACGUAGGCCAAGUUUAGCACCAAAAGAAAAACGACAAUUAGAUUUUGAUGAAGCUUUCUUAGAUGUAAUGAAAUCACGCAGUCUUGCUUUGAAACAUUUGAAACGAUCAAUACCGGAUUCAAACUUUCACAAUAAACAUGAUAAAAUCAAUGCGAAUGGAACACAAAAUGAAGCUUAUUUAAAUGAAGAAGAUGAAGAAGAAGAGGAAGAAGAUAUUAUUGACAAGUUAAAAGCAUCCAAUAAAACUGAACAAUUGCAACAAACUGAUGAGAAUGUUGAUGAGUUGAAGCUGAAGCCUACAGAUAACGAUGACGGUGAUGCUGAUGCCAAUACAAUGAAAUCAGUGAAGUUCAUUGUUGAUGAUUACGACGAGAAUAUUCAACGUUUAUGA